CCAUAGGAGCAAAGGAAACGAAAUCGAAGAAGAAGAAUCAUGGCAGCAUCCAUCAGCAGCGGCGCUCUGCAACAACAUAACCCAACUUUCCAAUCCACCGCCGUCUUCAACAUCCUCGACCCAAUCUCCCUCAUCCUCUCCCAAAAUUCCUCCGAUUCCUUCGAGCCCAUCCCUCUCAAGCUCACCACCGAGGCCUACUUCAUGGAGCAGGGGCCUCGCUACUCUACCUACGCCCACCUCAGGGAAUCCAAGCUUCGUACCAAGACGACCUCCUCCACCACUGCCACCGCCGCUACUGCGAUGGCGACGUUUUCCCGAUUUCCGGAGCUGACUACUCCGCCGAAGAAACAGCUCAAAUUCAAAUACCAACCGCACAAUCUCCCUGCCCCUGUUUCGUGAAGGGCUUCUGGGUACGACGCUUCCAUGCUGGCUCUCCUCUUCCUCUUUUCGUUUUCAUUUCUCAGACCGCGCAGCCACGAGUCACCUCUCCUCUUCUCGUCUUCCCCUCUCUCCCUAAUCCCUGACUCUCCCUUCCCUCGCUGACGCGUGACGCCAGCCCAUCCCAGUCCCCCUCCGCGACCUUCCGGCUUCCCCGCCGCCGCCAGGCCGCCAUCUCCUCGCCUCCUCGUCCUCGCCUCCUAAUUGCGGUAAAUCGGUUUGUAACCAUUUACCGGUAAUUCGGUAACCGGUAAACCGAUUACGAACCGGUAUCGGUAUUUGAUUGCCCCAUACCCAUUGUCGGCAUACCGAAAACUGGUAAAUUCGGUAACCGGUUUACCGGUUAUCGACCGAAUACCACCCCUAUUCAUAAGCGACUAAAGUAGUUCCAUUGUACGCAGACGAUUCAUAUUCUUCGUUAAGUCGAAGUGGUAACAAUUUGUAAGAAAAUAAAUUGUCACCGCUUUGAUCCAAAUAUCAUGGACCGUCAGCACUGAAUCCAACGACAUUAGGCGCAUGUGAGUACGUUCUCACGAGAUGCCCAUGAGUACCAUAGUCGGAUUGCAAAAAUUUUACUUUAUUUUACAUCCUUGGUAUUUUGUUCAAUUUUAUUGCCCUUAUUUUUCUUUUAGUACUUUUUCAUCAUACCCCGUUAAAUCCACGAUCCAAUUUGUUAAUCUAGUUUACUCAGAAUGAAAAAAUCAAAAUUAAAUAUCGAUAGAGUACAAUUAAUAUUUGAAAAGUAGGUAUGGCAAUGGGUCGGGUUGGGGCGGGUUUUGUGAAACCCAAACCCAUGGGUUUAUCCGCCAAAAAAACCUGGGGAAAACCCGCUGUGUUUGAAAAAAUCAAACCCAACCCAAUUCGCUGGGUAUCCGCGGGUUCAUGGCCACCCGUUGGUUUUUGUGGUAAAAAAUUUAUAAUAAAAAAUUUCUUUCAAAAUAAAAAUUUAACAUCAAUUUUUUUUUCCUUCAUUGAAUCAGUUCUUCCCAUUAAUAAGAAACAAACAUCUGAUACAACGAAGGGAAUAAACAUCCCUGCAAGCAAAAUAAACAACAAGACAGGACAACCUAUCUCGGAACCCUCCACACCACUACACUCCUACACCAAAAACAAAACAGAAUCAAAACCCAAUCCCUAACCUUUGCAAAUCACUUUUCACAGUGUCAUUUAACAGACAUAAACUGUAAAUCCUGUA